GCGUUACUUGAGGUGUUUAGUUAAGCUAAGUUGCUAAGAGCCCUUCCCGACCACCGGCGUGUACAGCUCGGGCCUAACGUUACUUGGCAACAAAUCCCGUCUGUUCUCGCCGGGAUAUCAGACGUGGGGCUUCGAACGAGCCGACGAGGCGACGGUUAAAGUCAACAGACUGCGGAACUAGCCGCGCAGGUGAUCCGAUCUAGCCGUCCCCGUAAUGCCGACGCUCAACUUGCGAGAACCUUAGUGCUUCCUGCGUGGAUCUUGGCUGACAUUGCGGAGUCUUUUUUCCUUUUUUUUUUUUUACUUGUGGAAUUUGCUUCCAGUCGCUCGCUUCACGACGUGUUUAAGGGUUCCUCUCUGUAAGCAGGACUUUUUCUCCCUUUUUCCUUUUUUUUUUUUUUUUUUUUCGUUUUUCGUUUUGCGCGGCGAGAACGGCUUCACCGUCACAGGCCUGGAGAAAAUCGUUUUGAUGCUUUGGAGUCGGCCUGCUCCCACUGAAAGACGCGAGCUUUGUGGGUCGGUUCACUGCGGGACAUUAUGAGCACAGCCAAGCCCACCGGGAUCAAAGCCCCCAGCAAGAUCGGCAAGCCACCUGGAACUGGAGCCCCCAAGACCAACCCACCCGCAGCUAAAGCCGCUGUGCCUGACAAAGCAGCUGCUGGUUCCAGUGGAGAGGAUGGCAAGAGCGCCGACGACGGCUUCCAGAUCGGGGAGCGAGUGUGGGUGAACGGAAACAAGCCCGGCUUCGUACAGUUUUUGGGAGAGACGCAGUUUGCUCCCGGCCAGUGGGCGGGCAUCGUCCUGGACGAGCCCAUCGGGAAGAAUGACGGCUCUGUGGCGGGGGUGCGCUACUUCCAGUGUGAGGCGCUGCGAGGGAUUUUCACCCGCCCCUCCAAGUUGUCGCGCACAGAAGGGGAAGCCAAUGGGACCCAGACCGCACCGCCGUCCCGCGCGGCAUCACCCACCCCCUCAGUUGGAAGCGUGGCCUCCAAAACCCCCGCUGCUACUAAAUCAGCCUUGCCCUCCAGUAGCACAGCUGCCAAGAAAGCCUCUUCCACCGCAGCGGCCACCGCAGCGGCGCCUUCUAACUUGCAAAACACGAACAGCGACUCCGUCUCCAAUCUCUCUGAGAGCGGCUCCGUCAAGAAGGGGGAAAGGGAGCUGAAGAUGGGGGAUCGUGUGCUGGUUGGCGGCACAAAGGCAGGAGUGGUGCGUUUCCUCGGCGAAACAGAUUUUGCCAAAGGCGAGUGGUGCGGCGUGGAGCUGGACGAACCCCUCGGGAAGAACGACGGGGCAGUGGCUGGCACCAGAUAUUUUCAGUGCCAGCCAAAAUAUGGCCUGUUUGCUCCAGUUCAUAAAGUCACACGCAUCGGCUUCCCCUCCACAACCCCAGCCAAAGCGAAAACAACAGCUCGAAAAGUAGUGGCCACGCCGUCGGGGCUGAAGCGAAGCCCCAGUGCCUCGUCAAUCAGCACCAUGAGCUCGGUGGCGUCUUCUGUCAGCACCAAGCCGAGCCGGACAGGCCUGCUAACCGAAACGUCAUCUAGGUACAACCGAAAGAUUUCAGGAACCACGGCGCUGCAGGAGGCCCUGAAGGAGAAGCAGCAGCAUAUCGAGCAGCUGAUGGGUGAGAGGGACAUGGAGAGAGCUGAGGUGGCCAAGGCCAAUGGCCACGUUCGAGAGAUGGAGCAAGAGAUCGGCCUUCUCAGGGAAGAUCAGGAGCAGAUGGAGGCGAAGAUGGAUCAGCUGCGAUCUUUAGUGGAAGCUGCAGACAAAGAGAAAGUAGAGCUGCUAAAUCAACUUGAGGAAGAGCGCAGGAAAGUCGAAGACCUUCAGUUUCGCGUAGAGGAAGCUUGCAUUACCAAAGGAGACCUGGAGACGCAGACCAGACUGGAGCAUGCCCACAUUAAGGAGCUUGAACAGAGCCUGCUCUUUGAAAAGACCAAAGCUGAGAAACUCCAAAGAGAGUUAGAAGACACUAGGGUCGCCACGGUGUCGGAAAGGUCCCGCAUCAUGGAACUCGAGCGAGACCUUUCGCUGCGCACCAGGGAAGUCGCUGACCUGCAGCUGCGUCUUGGGAUGCAGCAGAACGCCGGGGACUCGAACGCCACCAUGUCCCCGCUCCUGGAGGAGAUAAACUCUCUUAGGGAUCAGCUUUCAGCACAAGAAGCAAAACAGCGAGAAGAGCUGGAGAAAUGCAGAGAAAAGCUGGAAGCUCAAGAGAAAAUCCACAGCGAGGCAGUUGCCCAGCUCCAGGCUACGUCUGUAAUGCUGUCCGGCGACAAAGAACAGCUACAGAUGCGUCUAAGCCAAGCACAGAAAGACAACGCCGACACUGUUGAACUGUGGCGUUCAAAGCUGGAGUCUGCCAUCUCUAGUCACCAGGAAGCUAUGGAGGAGCUGAGAGGGUCGUUCAGCAAAGGUGCAGGUGCUCAGACUGAAGAGCUUGUAGAAACCAAAAGUGCUCUGGAAAAGCUUAAGUUAGAGCACGGAUUAGCUUUAGAAGAGGCUACAGCCGAACACGAAGCCAAGGCCUCAGCUUGGAGCCAGGAGGCGCAGGCCCUGAAGGCUCAGCUGUCAUCUCUGACCGAGGAGAAGGAGCGACUGGAGGAGUCGCUGCGGUCCAGCGUUGAGAAAGCAGAGGAGCAGCACCUGGUGGAGAUGGAGGAUGUCCUUGGAAAGCUUCAUGCUGCUGAAAUCAGGGUAAAGGAGCUCGAGGAGAAAGAAACCAGGCUGGCUCAAGAGGUUCAGGACAAGGAGGCAGAAACCAAAGAUCAACAGGCAGAAACGGCGGCUCUACGCAGCCAAUUGGCACAAAGUAACCAGGAGUGUGCGGCUCUGAAAAGUCAGUUGGAGGAGCUCCAGAACCAAGGAGAUGACAACGGAGCAAAGAUCGGUGAACUGAAAUCACAGCUGGAGGUCAAAGAGCAGGAAGUGGUCUCCUUCCAGGAGAGCCUGGCUGCCCUAAAGCAGCAGAAUGACAGCAGCGACCAAGAGAUUCAAAGCCUGAAACAGAAGCUGCAGGAAAGCACAGAGAAACUGAAUAAAUCAUCAGAAUCUAUGCAAGAAACACUUGAGAACCUUAGUAAGAAGGAGGAACGGUGCACAUCCCUCAGUAACGAGUUAGAGUCCCUGAGAAGUCAGCUUGCUGGAAUGGAGAGGAAACUGAAGGCUGCAGAUGAAAAGCUUGAGCAGUUCACAAAGGACAAAAGCAAGCUGGAAAAGGAUAUUUCAGACAUGAUGAAGGCAUCUGGUGACAAUUCAGUCCAGCUAACAACAAUGAAUGAAGACCUCAGGCAGAAGGAAAGGAGACUUGAGGAGUUACAGAAUCUGCUGGCAGAGGAGAAGGAGAAGGUGGCACACCUGGAUGAAAAGCUCCAAAAAGAGCAGUCCAGCAAAGAACAGCAGCUAAAAGAGGCUAAAGAAGCACGUCAGUCUGAAACAAGUGGUCUUCAGGAAAAGAUAACUACCUUGGAAAACGCUCUUAAACAGAGUGAGAGGCAAGUUGAGGAUUUGAAGGCAUCACAAGAGAAAUCUCUCUCUGAGGCCUCGGCGCUCCAUUUGAAGGAACUUGAGGUUCUGCAAACACAGAUCGACAAGUUGAGGCUGGAGCUCUCCUCCUCUAAGGACAAAACUCAAGAGCUGGAGAAAACGGUGUCUGAGCUGCAGCCGUACAAAGAACAGGCCGAGCGAAUUUCUGCUGAGCUUGACUCCUACAAGCAUGAUCUUGACAAUAUGUCAGAAAAGCUGGAUAAGCAGAAUCUCGAUCUGGAAAACACGUGUAAGCAAAGAGAAGAGACUAAAGUUGAGAGAGACAAUUUGGAGAGGCGGCUUUCCGAGAUGCAAAAUGAAUUUUCUGCCCUCGAGAUUAGUUUCAAGGAGGUUUCAAAGCAAAAUGAAGAGCUGCUGUCGACUAAUGAUAAACUGUCAAAACUUCAAGAGGAACUUCAGACCAAUACCAAACAAUCAGAUGAAGAGAGGACUUCACUGAAGAAGGAACUGGAGACCCUCAAACACUUCCUGCAGGAAGCGGAGAGCAAAAACAAAGAACUACAAAGUGGUAACGGGGAAUAUCUGGCCAAAAUUGAGGAGCUUCAAAGACAAAAUACCAAAAUGAAUGACUCCAUCUUAAAGCAUGAGAUGGAUAUCCAGGAAAUAGAGUCCAAGAAGAAGCAGCUGCUCGAGGAUUAUGAAGACGUCUGCAAAGAGAAGAGCCGCCUGGAAGAGGACCUAAAGGAGACCAAGUCAAAAUUCACGCAUGAGAGAGACGAUCUGAUAUUAGAGCGAGACUCGGCCAAAAAUGCCCGAAAGUCUCUCGAUACGAAAAAUGCUGAGCUGCAGGAGAAAUUAAAGUCAUCGAACUUAGAAAAAGAAGAUCUAACGAUGAAGAAUGCGCAGCUCCAGGCUCAGGUAGAAACGCUGACUAAUGAGAAAAGGGAGUUGUCGGUGGAGGUCGGUGCUGCUGCGUUGGAGAAGAAGGACCUAGAGACCGAGAAGGAGGAGCUCAAGAACAAACUCAUCCAAACUAAGAGAGACUUGGAGAGUCAAGUUCGCGAAUGUGAAGAGUUCAAAGCCUCUAAAGCCAGCUUGGCCCAGAUGCUCGAAGAGUUCAAGACAAACAGUCAAGUGACAGAUUCUGAAAGGCUUAACCUGCUGCAGGAAAAAGAAGACCUGCUUGCACUCCAAAGGAAGGUCUCCAACGAGAAAGAAGAACUCCUCAGAGAAGCACAAGAGACGAAGGAGAAGCUUCGUGCCUUGACGGAUGAGCUGUCGGUUUCUCACGAAAAGUAUAACGCGGCGCUGGCUUCUUUCGAGCAGGAGAAACAAACGCUGCGUCUCCAGAGCUCAGAAACUGAGAUGGCCCUGCAUGACCUGCGCAAAGAAAAGAUGAACCUGGAUUUGGCUCUUGAGCAGCAGAAAGUGGCUUUUGAGGGUUUAGAAGAGGAGAAGGGAGAGCUGGAAGGGAAGUACACCAAAGCCAUAGCUGAGAAAGAGACUCUGUCUCUGGAGCGGGACAAGCUGGCUGGUGAAAGUCGAGCGACUAGAGACCAGUUGGAUGGCUACAGCCGAACCAAUGCUGAUCUUAUUCAAGAGAAGAGUCGCCUGGAAACAAAGCUGGAGGAAACCAAGCACCAAAAGGAUGAGCUCGAAGUAAGGGCGACCGCUCUGAACCGAGAAAAGGCGGACCUGCAGAACGAGCUCCAGAAACAUUACUCUAAAAUAGAAAUUCUGGAAAAAGCCAAAGCUGAACUUGUUGACGAGCACACCAAAGUCAAAGUGGAGUUUGAGAAGUCCAGUUUAGAGCUUCGUCAGCAGGUAGACGACCUUAAAAAUGCCGGUCGCCAUCUUGAAUCUGUGCAGGCUGAAGCCGAGCAGAAAGCGCAGUCUUUGCAGAACGAGAAGCAGGUGCUGCAGCAGGAGGUCCAGGAGUUAAAACAUCAGAUUGCGUCUGUGUCCGAGGCAAAGAGCCUCCUGGAGGCAACGCUACAAGCCGAGAGCGACGAAACCAUUAAAGCUAAGGCCGACAAAGAGGGUUUCUCCCAACGAAUCGAGGAGCUUCAGAAAACUUUGUCCAAAGUAACACGGGAAAACGAAGACGUUUCUAUCAACCUUAAAAACGCCGAUGAACAAAAUAAGUCGUUAAAAGCAGAUAUUGAGGCUCUGAAAGAACAAUUAAAGCAGCAAGAGCAGGAAAACCAUCACCUGGGGCAAGAGAAAGAACGGCUAUCUUCAAAGUGUGAGGAAAUGAACAAACAGGCGGCCUUAUUGACCUCGGUGCAGGAGGAGCUGUUGGCCAGGCAGUCUGAGCUGAAGCAGGAAAAAGAAGACCUGCUGGCCGAGCAGUCGGGGCUUCUCAGAAAGGUGGAGUGCUUACGGGCGAGCAACGAACAGCUGCAGGCCGACGUCCAGGCCCAACAAACCCAGAAGGAAAACUUGGAAAAGCAGUACAAGAAUGCUCUGGAGGAGGCGUCCGCGUCCGCUGCUGUGAAAGAAGAAAUCUCCUCCAGCGCCGAGCGGCUCUCGGCUCUGAAGGACGCCCUGCAGGCUGAGAGGGACGAAGCCGUCCAGCGAGGCAGGGAGCUCGAGUUGCAACUAAAAAAUGCUAUUUCUAAGCAGCUUGAGGCUAAAGAGGUUUCUGAUGAAACCGCUGAGGCUCUGGAGCGGCUCACAAAAGAAAAAGACGUUUUACUGAAGGAGAAAAACGAAGCUCAGUCUCUGCUGGAAGAGCUCCAGACCUCCAAGGAGGACAUUCAGACUCAGUUGGAAACUUUGAGGAAAGAGAAUUCAACAUUUCAAGAAGACCUGAACACAUCCAAAGAGCAGCUUUGCACAGAAACACAGAAGACAAAGAGCCUUCAGCAGGAAAUUGAGGAGCUUAAAGCAGCGUUAUCUGUGAAGUCGCAGUCCCUGCAGACGCUUGAAGAUGAGAGCAAGAGGCUGUCUCUGGAGCUGGAGGACAGGAACAAAGACCAGGGCGAUCUAGUGACAUUAACAGACGAGCACUCAAAACUCAAGAAAGAGUUGGAGGAGUUGAAGAAAAGCCUGCCAAAUAAUGCCUUCAGUGAAAGCACUCUGAAGGAGCAGCUGAGCAGAGAGAAGGCCGCUCUCCAGCAGUCCAUUCAUAAAAACAGUGCCUUAGCUGCAGAAAAGGACCAGCAGGUGGAGAAUCUGAAGAGUGAGCUGGUUGCAGUGCAGGAAGAAAGUGCCUCAGUUAAGACGCUGCAGAGUACAAUCCAGGCUUUGGAGGAGGAGAAAGCUCAUCUGCAGGAUCGCGUGAAGAAACUGGAGAGGGAGCUCACAGCCAGGCCUGAUAACAUCGACCAGACCUCAGGGGAUGCAGUUUUGGACCAACUGAGAAAAGAUAAGGAGACGGUAGAGAGUCAGGAAGCGGUUGAGUUCUUGAAUUCUGUUAUCAUCGACCUCCAGAGGAAAAACGAGGAACUCAAGGACAAGCUGGAGAAAAUGGCAGCUGCUGCUUUCAAUGGGAAUAAUCCAAGUGAGCUGGAUGACAACUACGACAAGCAGCCGGCGAAGAAGAAACCUCCACCGAGGAAGUUCUGCGACAUCUGCGACUGCUUCGAUCUCCACGAAACGGAGGACUGCCCCCUACAGGAGCAGACGCCCGACUCCCCCCCCCACACCGCCUACCACGGCAGCAAGGGCGAGGAGCGGCCCUACUGCGACACCUGCGAGGUCUUCGGCCACUGGACCGAGUCCUGCGCGGACGACCAGACCUUUUAAAGCCUUCCCCCCCCUGAAGCCGCCGCUCGCACAAUCAGUACAUUUGCACAUCAUGCUCCCUUCUUUUCGGGUCCUAGCCUGUCGAUGUUUCUCAUGCUUGUUUUUGCCAAGCACAGCUGUCCACACUAGCCCUUAAGCAGCCUCGUAGAAGAACGGUUCCAGCACGUCUCCGGACGUUUAUGAAGGACUCAGGAGGGGGGGGGGAAUGUUUAGUGAGCUGGUUUUGAGCGAGCGAGGGGACCCAGCGGUCGUCUCCAGAGGAGUUAAUUUAUCAGUAUCCCACCAUUGUUUGCACAGAUCGUCAGGGGCUACAGAGAUGAUACAGCAUCUGAAACGCCGCGUAUUUGAAAACUGUAAAAUACUUGAUUGAAAACAGUUUUGAGCAAAAAAAUCGAAGAGCUAUAGUUUAUUUUUUUAUGCCUGGAAAUAGUAUGUACUGUUUAAAAAGGUUUGAUAAUGUAACUUUGUGAUGGGGACAGUCUGGAGCAGAGCGGCGAAACCCGGAGCUAUGCGGCGCCAACGGGUUUUAACUUUUUAUGGUCCUUUUUUUGAAGUGGAUGCUGGGAGAUUUAAGAUUCUCGCCUACUGUAAACCCUCUAUUCCUGUUGAUAUGGCCUUUUCAGAAAGUUUCUUAUUGAUAAAGCUGCUUUCCUUUUGCAUUGUUAUCAAUAAGUUUUAAAUAUCUGUAUGAAAAUAAAGUUUAUGGAUGAAUAAAUAAACUGCAUGUGUCGUGAA